GGUUUUCCGUAAAUGGUUAAAACGAUAAGAGUCGCGGGGACACAUGGAAGAAAGCUGACGGGGAGGUGGCGGGCGUCGGGAUGGCGAUGGCGAGGAGCGGCGUUGGAUCCCUUCUUCUGGACUUCGUAGUCCUCCUGCUCCUUCUCUCACUCUCCUUCGAUCGCGCCUUCUCCUCCUCCGAACCCGAGCUGGGAUCCGCUCGCGUCGUCUUCCAGACAGCCUAUGGCGAUAUCGAGUUUGGAUUCUUUCCUCAUGUCGCCCCAAAGACUGUUGAGCAUAUCUUUAAACUUGUUAGGCUUGGGUGCUACAAUGCGAACCAUUUCUUCCGGGUUGAUAAGGGUUUCGUUGCACAAGUGGCCGAUGUUGUUGGUGGCAGAACAGCUCCUAUGAAUGAAGAGCAGAGGUUGGAAGCUGAGAAAACUGUUGUUGGCGAAUUUAGUAGUGUCAAACAUGUAAGAGGCAUUCUUUCCAUGGGGAGGUACUCUGAUCCAGACAGUGCCUCAUCUUCUUUUUCGAUCCUUCUAGGUGAUGCUCCUCACCUUGAUGGCGAGUAUGCCAUUUUUGGAAGGGUUACAAAAGGUGAUGAUACAUUAAGAAAACUGGAGAAGCUUCCUACCCGUCGUGAAGGGAUUUUUGUGAUGCCAACCGAGCGAAUCACCAUACUGUCAACAUACUACUAUGAUACCAGAGUUGAGCACUGCGAAAGAGAGAAGUCUAUUCUGAAGAGAAGGCUUUCUGAAGCUGCGGUUGAAAUAGAAAGACAGAGGAUGAAAUGCCUCCCAUAAUUCCUCAGAAGUGAUAUGUGUAGAGAAAUUUGAUAUGUCCAACCAAGCAGAACUCCAGAGAUUUUUUCUAAACGGGUAGCAAACUGUAAAUUAUGCGACAGCUAUACAUUUUUGUACGCAACUUUCGAAUUCGAAGAAAGGUAUAUUUGCAGCAUUAACCCGAACAAGGAAAAAGAAAAGAUCAAAACCAGCUAUAGGUUUUGCGAAUUCCAUUACUGCACAUUUUUUUU